AGGAGAUAGUUCGCAGUGGGUAUAUAGUAACGAUAACAUGAGGGAGGUUGGGAGUCGAGCGAGAGUUCAAUCGUGCUCAUCCUUACUCAUUCCUCUUGUUGUGCCUGACGCGCCAAGGGUUUCUGGAAUCCCCGCCAUUGCUUCUAGCGGCUGGAGGCGGAGGAAACUGUUUCCAGGAUAGAUGCUGAUCUCAAUCGAGGGGGAAUAUUAUCUAUGUGCACAAAUGUUGUGCUGUGUGAUCGGGAAGGGCCGCUGUAUUGAUACUAGACAUAUUAGUAAGGUAAGACGUUCAGAUUCCCGGGCGAAGCUUGGCAUGGCGAUCGACACGCUGCAGUCGGCCUGGGCUUGGCCCGGCAGGGGCUUUUAUGUUGAUAACUUUAUACCGGACCACUGCAUUAUUGACACCACGGUGCGGGGAGGAGGCGUCUCGUGUAUAGUUCUUUGGUUGUAUCCCCUAGACACCAGUCUUCAGUCCAAAGGCAUCACCGCAUGCAUACAUAGGACAGGGGGCUGCCUCGAACCAACACUGCUUACUAUAUUAUAUACCCACCCUCAGACUCUCUCUCCCUCCAUACUAUGCUUGGUUGAAGUCUAUCACCCGAUCCGUGUCGAGGAUACGGCGGACAAAGACAUAAAGCACAGCCUGCCUGGCACCCGUUGCAUGCAUCACACGAGCAGGUGCAGCCCAUGAGGAGUGAUACACUCCUUUUCAGCUUCCAGUCG